AACAAUAAAAAGACUGUGAUCCUCGUUCAAGGCACAGACCAAAUGCCCAGUAUUAUGCUUGGGAAUGACACCCUUGAAGUUGUCGAGAACUUUUGUUACCUUGGAUCCACUACAACUACCAAGCUAUGCAAUAACCGCGAGAUCGACAGUCGAAUAGGAAGAGCUGCCUCCAACUUCGGGAAACUUCAGGCUCGAGUCUGGAAUAACAGCAAGCUGAAACUCUCCACCAAGAUCCUUGUUUACAAGUCAUGCGUCCUAAGCAUCCUCCUGUACGCAUCUGAAACGUGGACAACCUACUCUAGGCAGGAGCGUCGCUUGAAUGCUUUUCACAUGCGCUGCUUACGUACGAUCCUCGGAGUCACUUGGAGGGAUCACAUUACAAAUGAAAGGGUUCUCGACCUUGCCGGCUGCUACAGCAUCACUGCCACUCUAAAACAGCGUAGACUGCGGUGGCUAGGCCACGUUUUACGUAUGGACCCAGACAGACUUCCUCGUGCAGUGAUGCUGAGCGAAAUCGCAUACGCCAAGAGACCAAUCGGACGCCCGUUGCUUCGCUUUAAAGACUCCUGCAAGCGGGACAUGUUGUCCUUUGGCAUCGAUCCAAGCACCUGGGAGGCGGAAGCACUCAAUAGAGCGGACUGGCGCCAUCGUUUGCAGGAUGGCAUGAAGAGACAUGACGAAGUCUGGUUUGAUGACCUGAGGCAGAAAAGACUUCGGAACUCACAGGAACCAUCGACGGAUUCGCGAUUCACCUGCGAUCUCUGUGGCCGGAAGUGCCGUGCUGCCAUUGGACUUUACAGCCAUAGGAAAAGAUGCGCCGUACCUCCGAUCUCUGUCGGCGCACAUACCUCGUAAAAGUCGCUGCAAAAAUCAUCUGUUAACACUUUCGAAACCGGGCUCUACGCGGCGCUACGACAUUUUCGCUACAUACGGGGAAAC